GCCUGGGGGGGGGCGGAUGAGUGUCUCCGUGCGGCUCCCGCUGCCGGCGCGGUGCGGGGGUGGGAGGCGGAAACGCCGCCGCGGAGUCGGAACGGGGGUAUGAGGAAGGGGAUGCAGUUGGGACACCAUGAUGGAUAACCGCUUUGCUACAGCUCUAGUAAUUGCCUGCGUGCUCUGCCUCAUUUCCACCAUUUAUAUGGCAGCCUCAAUCGGUACAGAUUUCUGGUAUGAGUACCAUAGCUCAGCUGGAAAUGCCAGCGAACUUGGCAGGAGUAUUUUGGAGGAAUUCACCAGUAUGGAAGCAGAUGAGAAGACUUAUACAGAUGCACUGUUCCGGUGCAAUGGCACAGUUGGAUUGUGGCGGAGAUGUAUCACUGUUCCCAAAAACUCUCACUGGUACAGCCCACCAGAAACUGAUAUGGUCAGAAGCUGCAUCAGUUUUUCCCUCUCUGAUCAAUUUGCAGAGAAGUACAUGGAGCCUGGGAACCACAAUAGUGGUAGUGACCUGAAUCGGACCUAUCUUUGGCGUUUGCAGUUUCUCCUGCCCUUCGUCAGCCUAGGGCUGAUGUGCUUUGGGGCUUUGAUUGGUCUUUGUGCUUGUGCCUGUCGCAGCCUCUACCCUGCGAUUGCCAUAGGAGUCCUACAUUUCCUUGCAGGUCUGUGUACGCUGGGCUCAGUCAGCUGCUACGUAGCUGGAAUUGAGCUGCUCCACAAGAAGCUGCACCCACCUGAUGAUGUGCAGGGUGAAUUUGGCUGGUCCUUCUGCCUGGCUUGUGUCUCUGCUCCUUUACAGUUUAUGGCAGCUGCUCUCUUCAUCUGGGCAGCCCGCACCAACAGGAAGGAAUUCAUGCUCUUGAAAGCAUACCGUGUAGCAUAAAUAGGACACUUCAUUCAUGGCCAGUUGCUGCUUCACAGUAUUUUGUUUCAAUAUCAUAGGCCUUUUCCCAGUCGUACCCCAUCUUUCUUUUGGACAGGUAUCUGCUCCAUGCACUGCGUGCUUCUUGCCAGUUGAGUUUCAGUUGUCUGCAGGCUUUGAAGACAAAGGCCUCUGGGCCAAAUUACCAAACUUGAACAGCUUUCUCUUGCCAGAAGUCUGCAGAAUUUUAACAGACUUUUACUGUAUAAUUUUUUAAAAAAACUUUUAUUUGUUUGUGGAAGUAGUCUUAAGAGUUCAUCCCCUUUUUUUAAUUAUACUACCCUAACUGGACACUCACAUCUAAAUCUGCUUUGAAAAAACAGGAGAGGCAUUGUGGGGCAGAGGAUGAAUAGGGGAAGAGAAGAGGGAGAUGCAGGAGAAGACUGAGAGAACUGCAGAGUGUGAAUAAUAGAGAAUUGGGCACUACAUGUUAUGAGAUCCCAGCAGGUGAUGCACUCUCAGAGCACCAAGCAGAGAUGGAUGUGCAGAAUUGUGUGUAGAAAUGUUAUAGCUACAUCUGUGUUGUAAUCUGGUUUGUUUCUUUCUCUCUCUUACUCUCAUUAGUUUCUCCUCUCAGCCUUUUAUGACCAGACUGAUGUGAUUGGGGCAGUCAGCUGUAGCUUUUGUGCCUGCUGUAAAAUCGGGCCCUUCCUUUACUGUGUUGAAGGGGCAGGCCUCAUGCAAGGUUUGGAUUUAAUUUGGUUAACGUGUGUAUGUAUAUGUAUGUGUAUAUAUAUAAAUAAAUCUAACUUUUUGUAAAGCUUAUUUAUUUGCCCCAUGUAGCACACAGCAGGUUUUUUUAAAAUGUGCUGCGUGUUUCCCACCUUGCCCCACACCUGUUUAAAACACACAAAUAAACCAGAGAAAAGGCUCAGAAAUUU